CUUCGGCCUAAAAGUUCGGGUGUCAAAAGGGGAGUGAGAAUGCAGAUGUCCAAUUCAAAGAAAGGGAGGCCUACAUCUUUACGUGACGCGGCUAUCGCUGAACGAAAAGCGCAGCUCGAGAAGGACGACUGGCAUGGAAUCGGGAACCCCACUGAGCGACGGCGACGGCAAAACCGGGUGCACCAAAGAGCUUACAGGGAUCGCAAGCGUGAACAGAUCCAGAUGAUCGAAGGAACGCCCCAAUGUCCGAAGGCCAACAGGGACAAUGUCAAACGGCAAACGCAGCGACAAAUGCUGGAAGACUUUUUAUCAAGAGCCCAUCGGAGCUAUGUUUUAGGCCGACCCAGCGCAGACCACCUACUAACCCUAACCAAAGCCAAUGUAUACCGCGCGUUUUUGCAUAAUAUAAACCUGUUAGGCCUUGUAGCGGACGGCCUUUGUGAGGCAGAUGUCCUAUCCCCGUUCUGCCAAUUUGGCCCGACAUGGCCAGUUGCGAGAACCCUUCCCCCGUCCUUACGCCCGACAUCCACUCAGUGUUUGUUGCCGCAUCAUCCAUGGCUGGACUUUUUCCCCCACCCUCGGGCACGGGAUACUCUAAUCCGCCGACUGGGUGACUUCGACGAAGAUGACUUUUGCUUAGAUAUAUUAGGCUUCUGGAAUCCAGAUGCACCGGACAAUAUGUUGCUGGUCUGGGGUGAACCAUCUGACGCUGAGAAUUGGGAAGUAACAGAGGGCUUCAUCAAGAAAUGGGGUUGGGUGAUUCAAGGAUGCCCGGAUAUCUUGCACAAUACCAACAAGUGGCGGGCAAGGAGAGGGGAGAAUCUCAUUCUUCGGUAUCUAUAAAUGAUUUACCAGGUUUUCACAUCACCCCAUUAUCAGCACUUCUAAUGCUUUUAAUACGCCAUUAGGAACAGUCUGCGACGACCCACUGAC